UUGACAAUGUAUCAAAAUAUGAGGCAGAUGGGUCAACUUGAAGGUGAUUCAUUGAAGAUGGAGAUCAUUCCCAACCCAAAGGAAGUUGAUGGGGUCAAAGUUCUUCAACUCGAGACUGCUGCUGGCGCUGCCAUAAAAGAAUCGGCUGGAUAUUCUAGAAGCUCUCGGACUCUUUGCUGCGAAAGGCACGCCCGCGGAAGUCCUCAGACGCUUGCGCAUUACGUCCACGCUUGCCACGCUAGGUCGUCGUCCCGCAUGUCCGCUAGUCGCCCGAAGUUCUCGGUCCGCAGCACGAUGGUCGUGCUGCCACGCCCAUGCGACCCGCGCCUCUUUUGCACGCCUUCCGGUCUCGUCAACACAUCGUCUGCCUGCUCGUCGAUGGGUCACCUCGUGCUACUCGCUUCUUGA